CGCUACGAAUGAAUUUGCAGAAAGUACUGAGUAGCAUACUGUAAAAAUCCAUAGCGAAGAUGAACACAUCCACCUCCAAUAACCAAGAUCUUCUCCUUGAUCCACAAACGCAAAUACAAACCCCACUCGCCCAAUCCGAUCCCUAUUCUCACUCUCAGCCCCAUCCCGUCCAACCCCAACCCCAAUCGCAACCCCGUCGUCCUCGUGGUUUCGCCGCCACUGCCGCCGCUGCCGCUGCCGCAGCUGCAGCCACAUCAACGGACCCCGCAAACACUGUCUCCGCCAAUGUUUCAGGUAAGGGCAAGAGAGAGAGGGAGAAAGAGAAAGAGAGAACGAAGCUUCGAGAACGCCACCGCCGUGCCAUCACUAGCCGAAUGCUGGCGGGGUUAAGACAAUACGGUAAUUUCCCCCUCCCGGCGCGUGCGGACAUGAACGAUGUGCUUGCCGCGCUAGCGCGCGAGGCUGGCUGGACUGUUGAGGCUGAUGGCACCACUUAUCGACAAUCUCCUCCUCCCUCUCAAAUGGCUUCAUUUGCUGUGCGAUCAGUUGAAAGCCCAGUUUCGAGUGCUUCAUUGAAAAAUUGUGCUGUAAAAUCAGCUGCAUUGGACUGUCAGCCAUCUGUAUUGAGAAUUGAUGAGAGCUUGUCGCCCUCGUCUCUUGAUUCAGUGGUGAUGACGGAGCGAGAAACGAGGAGUGAGAAAUUUGCUAGUGCCAGCCCUAUCAAUUCAGUUGAUUGCUUGGAUGCUGAUCAGCUUAUACAAGAUGUUCGUUCUGGUGAGCAUGAUGGCGAUUUCGCUGGUACUUCAUAUGUCCCAGUUUAUGCAUUGCUUGCUACUGGUUUUAUCAACAACUUCAGCCAAUUGGUUGAUCCACAAGGCAUUAGACAGGAGCUUAGUCACAUGAAGUCAUUAGAUAUAGAUGGUGUUGUUGUAGAAUGUUGGUGGGGAAUUGUUGAAGCAUGGAGCCCUCAGAAAUAUGUGUGGUCUGGCUAUAGGGAACUUUUUAACAUCAUUCGUGAAUUCAAGCUGAAAUUGCAGGUUGUAUUGGCAUUUCAUGAGUAUGGAGGAAGUGAUGCUGAUCAAGUUUUGAUCUCCCUCCCUCAAUGGGUUUUAGAGAUUGGGAAAGAGAACCAGGAUAUAUUCUUCACAGAUCGUGAAGGAAGGAGGAACACUGAAUACCUAUCUUGGGGUAUUGACAAAGAACGAGUUCUAAAAGGGCGAACUGGCAUUGAGGUUUAUUUUGACUUCAUGAGAAGCUUUCGGAUGGAGUUUGAUGACUUGUUUGCAGAGGGUGUCAUUUCUGCUAUUGAGAUUGGACUUGGAGCAUCUGGGGAGCUAAAGUAUCCUUCUUUUCCUGAAAGGAUGGGAUGGAGAUAUCCUGGCAUCGGUGAGUUUCAGUGCUAUGAUAAAUAUUUACAACAAAGUCUACAUAAAGCAGCUAAAUUGCGUGGGCAUUCAUUUUGGGCAAGGGGGCCUGAUAAUACUGGUCAGUAUAAUUCUAGGCCGCAUGAAACUGGGUUCUUCUGUGAACGAGGUGAUUAUGAUAGUUACUUUGGGCGCUUUUUCCUCAAUUGGUAUGCCCAGACAUUGAUAGACCAUGCCGAUAAUGUUUUAUCUCUUGCAAGCCUUGCCUUUGAGGAUACAAAGAUAAUUGUUAAUAUUCCAGCAGUUUAUUGGUGGUAUAACACCACUAGCCACGCGGCAGAGAUAACAGCAGGAUACUAUAACCCCACAAACCAUGAUGGCUACUCUCCUGUUUUUGAGGUGUUGAAGAAACACUCAGUUACAAUGAAAUUUAUAUGCUCAGGAUUGCAUACUUCUGGUAAUGAGAAUGAUGAAGCACUUGCUGAUCCUGAGGGCUUGAGUUGGCAGGUCUUAAAUUCUGCUUGGGAUCGAGGAUUAACAGUAGCUGGUGUGAACGCGCUUUCAUGUUAUGACAGAGAAGGACAUAUUAGAGUGGUUGAGAUGGCAAAGCCAAGGAAUGACCCUGAUCAUCGUCACUUUUCAUUCUUUGUCUACCAGCAGCCAUCACCUUUGGUUCGAGGAACAAUUUGCUUCAGUGAGUUGGAUUACUUCAUUAAAUGCAUGCAUGGGCGUAUAUCUGGUGAUUUAGUAUCCUGACAAGGAGUUGCUUUCUUCUUUCGGUAGAUAGAUAGAUAGAAACUGCUAAUUUCAACUGUAGUCCAUAGUGGGAAUGGUUAUAUGAAAGAUAUUGUUGCAAUUGCAGCUCCAUGCACCAAAUUUGUAACCUUUCUUAAAUAAUUGUAGACUUUGGUAGUUCCUUAUUUUCUUUGCUAUAACAAUGCUUAGCUGCAUUUCUAGAGGUAAA